CCCCCGACCUGCGCCCCGCUCGUCCCGGUCACCUUUGACAAUGCCACCAUCCCUGGGCUCCUGGGACAGUGGAUCUACAUCAUCGGCGCCUCCAAGUACCCGCCUCACCUGGCAGAGCUGAGGGAGGUGAAAUACGCGGCUUUUUCCCUCUCUCCCGGCAGCCACGAGGACGAGCUCAACGUCACUGAAAUCUCAAGACUGAACGAGACGUGCAUGGUGAGGACCACCAAGAUCCAGGUCUUCCAGCACAACUCCACCCUGAUACACGUCGAUGACAAGGGGAUUGCCACGGCCGAACUGAUCCAA